AUGAGAAACAAAGGAAGGAAUGUUGUGUGGUCAAUUGCGAUGGAUAAGUGUCUGAUUGAAGCCCUGGCAGCUCAGGCAAAAUGUGGAAACAAAAUUGACAAAUGUUUCAAUGAAAAUGCCUACACGGCUGCCUGUGUAGCAGUAAACACUUGCUUCAACUUGAGUUUGAAUAAUCAGAAAGUUAUCAACCGUUUGAAAACAAUUAAGAAGAGGUAUAAAGUAAUAAAAGAUAUGCUAAGUCAGGAAGGUUUCUGGUGGAACCCAAAUUCAAAGAUGAUUGAGUGUGAAAAUGCUGAGCUUUGGAAGAAAUACAUUGCAGCACAUCCCGAUGCAAAAGGAUUCCCUGGAAAGCAGAUAGAGAUGUAUGAUGAACUUAAAAUUGUUUGUGGGAAUUAUCAGGCCCCUAAUCGUUGGGCUAAGAUAAAGAAUGGAAGCAAUCUAAUGGAUGUGAAGAAUGGUGAGGAUGAGUCAGCCUCCUUUGUUUCUCCCAGUUUAGAAGACAUGAGUGAGACAGAUGGAACUGAAUCAUACACUGCAUCUCCAGAAUUUGGCCAGACGCCAGAUGGUUUUCAAGAUCCUCCUGUGGUCCAGUCUGUAAGACAACUUCCAAAACGGCCCCGUGCCUCAGAUGCUCUUCAGGAUGCAUUGAUGACAGUGGCAUCAAGCAUCCGACGUUUGGCUGAUGCUAUGGAGCAAAGCAAAUGCACAUUUGAUGCAAGUGAGUUAUUACAGGCCGUGAUGGAUAUAGAUGGGCUGGAAGAAGGUAAACAGAUGUAUGCAUUCGAAUAUUUAAAUGCUGAUCCUGUCAAAGCCAGAGCCUUCCUCACGUACAAUGCUAGGAUGAGAAAGACAUACCUGUUUAGACAGUUCUGGUGGUGGAGGUGA